GGACCACGGAUCCAGUUUCCGCCUGUGUGGCAGCAGGUCCACGGCCGCCUUGUCUCCGCCGUCCGUGUGGGAUCCGGGAGGAGGAGCGGGUACAGGCCGUGUUAAAGACGGUGCUGAAUUAAAAAUCGUUUGAAUCCUCCAAUUUGUGCAAAAUGGACUUUUCAAAGUUCCUGGCUGACAACUUUGAUGUGAAGGACUGGGUGAAUGGGGCUUUCAAGACGGUUCAAAAGGAGGCUCCAGGGAAAGUCGACAGUCACGCUGCCACUCUGGUGAUGAAGUUGCAGUUGUUCAUUCAGGAGGUGAAUAAUGCAAUAGAAGAAACUAGCCACCAGGCUUUGCAGAACAUGCCCAGAGCUCUCCGGGAUAUGGAAGCUCUAAAACAGGAAGCUUCCUUCUUGAAGGAGCAAAUGAUUCUUGUUAAGGAAGAUAUUAGAAAAUUUGAACAGGACACGGCACAAUCCAUGCAGGUUUUGGUCGAGAUUGACGAAGUGAAGUCAAGAAUGCAGAUGGCGUCAGAGGCAUUGCAGGAAGCAGACAAGUGGAGUACACUGAGUGCAGACAUUGAAGAAACACUGAAGUCACAGGACAUUGAGGCCAUCUCAGCCAAGCUGACCAGUAUGCAGAACAGUCUGGCAAUGCUGGUGGACACGCCUGAUUACUCCGAGAAAUGCGUUCACCUGGAGGCGCUGAAGAACCGGCUCGAGGCCAUGGCUAGUCCACAGAUCGUGGCAGCAUUCAACUCUCAGUCUGUUGAUCAGGCCCGGCUCUUUGUGAAAGUGUUUGUGGCUGUGGAUCGCAUGCCUCAGCUCCUGACCUACUACUACAAGUGUCACAAGGGUCAGUUGGUCUCCGUGUGGCAGGAGCUUUGCCAGAGUGACCUCAGUCUGAAUCACCAGCUUAGGGAGUUCUACGAUACCCUCUUGGCUACGUGGCACUCCCAAGUUCAAUGGACCUGUCAGGUCUUCAGGAACCCUUACGAGAUUGUUACAGUGCUGCAGAUUCAAACGCUGGGGGCCAUCGUUCCAUCAAUCCCUGUCUGCCUCAGCACAGCUAUAGAGAAGGCGAGCCAGGAGGACAAGCUGCAUGUGCUGCUGGAUCUCCAUGACAGCACCGUUCACUUUGCCAAGGGUCUGGAGGCAGCAAUGUUACCACACCUGGGUGAAACCAACCUGGUGAAAGUUACAGAACUAGUUGCAGCUAUCCAUAGUCCCUAUGUGCCAUAUCAGCUGCAGUAUGGUGACCUCGAGGGCUCAAACCUGCUCAUCCAGAUCAGUGCAAUCCCUCUGGAGCGUGGAGAGCUGAUUGACUCUGUACAGGAGCUCAGUCAGUCGGUAAAUAAAGUCUUCAGCCUGGCUGGGAGCGGAGUGGAUAGAUGUGUGAAAUUGACUGAUGGGCUUGCAUUUUGUGGCUUGCUUAAAGCUCUCAAGGGUCUCUUCUCAAAGUAUGUUGCCGACUUCGCCAGUGCUCUGCAGUCCAUCCGCAAGAAAUGCAAACUGGAGGAAAUUUCCAAUGGAUCCUUAUUCCAGGAAGACUGGACUGCCUUCCAAAACUCGAUCAGAAUUAUAGCAACCUGCGGCGAACUAUUGCGACAGUUUGGAGACUUUGAACAGCAGCUGUCGAACAGAAUCCUCUCCACUGCAGGGAAAUAUUUAUCGGAAUCGUACAGUCCACGUAGUUUGACCGGUAUACAAGAAACGAGCUGCUCUGACAAAAAAUCCUCUGCUAAGAAUCCCUGGCAAGAAUAUCAUUACUUACUGAAGGGAAAUCCGAGUGAAUAUGCCAGUCUAUUGGAAAUGCUCUACACAUUGAAGGAAAAAGGAACAGGAAACUUUAACCUGCUGUCAGAGCCUCGAACAGCUCUGGCCCGGCUCAACCAACAGGCACAUCAGCUGGCCUUUGACUCUGUGUUCCUCCGCAUCAAGCAGCAGCUCGCACAGGUCCCUAGGAUGGAGACCUGGAAUACGGGAACAAUGGGAGAGACGCUGACUGAAGAUCUUCCAACGUUCAGCCUUGCUCCCCUUGAAUACAUCAGCAAUAUUGGGCAGUAUAUCAUGUCCCUGCCUCUGCACCUGGAGCCCUUUGUAACACAGGAGGAUCCGGCACUUGAGCUGGCACUGCAUUCCGGAAAGCUUCCAUACCCUCCAGAGCAAGGAGAUGAGGUACCAGAACUGGACAACAUGGCUGAUUACUGGCUGGGCUCCAUCGCCAGGGCAACAAUGCAUACUUACUGUGAAUCCAUUCUGCAGAUCUCAGAGCUUACUGCACAUGCAACCAAGCAACUUAUCACAGAUAUUGAUUACCUCAGCAAUGUAAUGGAUGCCCUGGGCCUGCAGCCAUCCCGAGCUCUGCAGCAGAUCGCGACGUCCUUGAAAGCAAAGCCCGAGGAAUUCAGACAAGCUGCAAAGGGGCUCCCCCGGAGACUGACUAGUGCAAUCGCAGCCAUGAGGAGUAUCCAGUACUGACCAACAACUGCAUGGGUGCAGUGAUAUUCUGGGCACACUGUGUGCACAAACACAGUCUGUUUCAAUCUUACUGAGGAAGACCAUUAUUCGGAGCGGCUCGCAGACCGAUUGCCAAGAGUCUUACGUCCUGGUGUGGUAGACUCUCCGUGCUAAGGUUCUUGGCACUAAGUAUCUUAGUGUGUUCCACGCACAAUCUCCAGACUAAUUGAAACGGGCAAGGUUGGUAAAUAUUGCAAGUGCCUUGAUCACUGGGUUAGGGAGGAGGAAAUUGAACAGUUCCAUAAUCACUAGUUCUAGGCAAAAACACCCAAUGCAGUGCCUGAGAUAUGUUGACCCUUGAAUGUGGGCUGUUGGAGGGUGGUUUUCUAGAUCAGAAUGAUCCCAAGUAGCUCCUCAGCUUGGGUGACUGAAAAUGAACCGAAAGAGUGCCCUUAGAGGGAACCCAAAGUGUCAUGGUCAACUAAAGUGGCACUGGGGAAACUAGUAAACAGAGAUCAAAUGUUGAGAAAAUAUUUCUGAGGGUUUUUCGAGCAAGAUUGUGUUAAUACACAUUGUGGGAUGUCAGCUCUCCCAACUGAAAUCACUUCACCCAUGGUAAUUUACAUUGGGUAGAGGGAGUGGCAGUGUCCCAUCUCACAGCCCCACAUCUACAUUGGCUGAGCAAGAAAAGGGGAUGAUGAUAUCACCUCACCAAAACCAUGCAGGGCAGAAAGGCAAACCUGCAUGAAACUAUAAAGAGCCAAGUAAAAUGGCUGAGGGCUACUGACAUGAUGUGACUUGUGGUCAUUGGGUAAUGAAUGGGAGUGGUUACAUUAUAUCUUCUUGUCAUCGAGAAAUAAAAUAAUUCAUUUUUGUUAAAAAAUA